AUGAGCAUCCCUCCCCUCUGCAAACCCCUGGCCCAGGCUUUGCUCACCCCUGGACAGCCUGCUGGACAUCUGAUGGAAGUCGUGUCCUUCUCAGCAAAGCAGAGCCCCCCCACCAGGAGGGCCAUGAGGAACUCCACAAAGACCACAGUGACAGAGUUUGUCUUGCUGGGCUUCCCGGAGCUGUGCCACCUGCAAGGGCUGCUGUUCGAGUCAUUCCUCACCAUCUAUGUGGUGACCAUCCUGGAGAACCUCGUCAUCGUGGUGACCGUUCGAGCCAGCCAUCAACUGCACACACCCAUGUACUUCUUCCUGGCCAACCUGUCAGUGCUGGAGACCUUCUACACCUCAGUCACUGUCCCUAAGCUGCUGGCUGGCCUCCUGGCAUUGGGAAGGACCAUCUCCUUCUCGGGAUGCCUCACCCAACUGUUCCUUGUCCUCUCUCUCAGCUCCUCCGAGUGCUUCCUCCGGGCCACCAUGGCCUGUGACUGGUACCUGGCCAUCUGUCGCCUUCUGCAUUACCCGGCCAUCAUGGACUUGAGGCUCUGCCUGCACCUGGCCCUCAGUGCCUGGCUGAGUGGCUUCCUGGCCUCCUUUGUGUCCGUAGCUCUCAUCUCCCGCCUCAGGUUCUGUGGCCCCAAUGUCCUAAACAACGACUUCUGUGACAUAUCACCCCUACUGCAGCUCUCCUGCUCUGACACCACCACCGUCGAAGUGUCGGACUUUGUAGCAGCGCUGGCUGUGCUCUCCACCUCCCUGCUGGUGACCAUGGUAUCCUAUGGCCACAUCCUGGCCACAGUGCUGAGGAUCCCAGGGGGGGCCAGCCACCAGAAGGGCUUCCCCACCUGCGCCUCCAACCUGGUUGUGGUGGCCAUCCUCUGCACCACCACCAUCUUCAUGUACGCCCAGCCUCACGCCAUCAGCUCCUUUGACCUCAACAAGCUGGUGUCCGUGGUCUACUCGGUUGUGACCCCACUGCUCAACCCCAUCAUCUACUGCCUGCAGAACCGCGACAUCAGGGAGGCACUGGCCAGACUCCUCCGGGCCCCUGGCCCCUCCUGA